GGCGUUUGUGAGAGCCCUUUGUGGGGCGCAGAUGUGAUCUCCGCUUUUAUUCCCCCUCCCUUCUGGGUUCUUCCUCCUGUUCUUUGCCCUCUCACUUGGAGCUGUAGUUGCAGAACAAGCAAGCGAGCAAGCGCGGGAGAAAAAGAGAAAUGGCUUGCCUGCAUGACCACAGCUGCGAAGAUCACGAUUGUGCAGCUGAUUGGUCUCUCUACAAACACAUCGACCUCCCUAAGGUAUCAGCAUUAAACGAGGCUGUUCAUGGAAGUGUAAAGUCAGUUUUUAAAGCAUGGGAGUGUCGUCUGGAUUCUUCCGGGGGCUAUUUGGAAAGCAAUGAUGGUGAUCCUGAGUUACUUGUGUUCAUCCCGUUUACUUCAGAUGUAAAGAUCAAGAGUAUUUCAGUUGUAGGUGGUGCAGAUGGAACAAGCCCUUCAAAAAUGAGAGUGUUCAUUAAUCGAGAUGGGAUUGACUUCUCAGAUGCUCAGAAUAUGCAACCUGUGCAGGAGUGGGACUUGGUAGAAAAUUUACAAGGAGUGCUGGAAUACCAGACAAGAUAUUCUAGGUUUCAAGGUGUAGCUAGUCUCACUUUGCAUUUUCCGGAAAAUUUUGGUGCUGAGACAACUCAGAUACAUUAUAUUGGCUUACGAGGUGAAGCCACCCAGUUGAAGAGGGAUGUUGUUGCAACAAUUGUUUAUGAACUCAUGCCCAAUCCAUCUGAUCACAAGACACCAGCUGAUGCUGGAGGGGGCUUUUCGCAUGUGGAAUGAAGAACUGUAAGACUUUCAUAUGCAGGGGGUUUUGGGGGUGCUAAUUGUAAAUGUUUAUUUGGUUUUUGUUUCAUUUUACUUCAUGAUGUUUGAUCUGAAGAAAUUACUAUCCUGAUGCUUUUCGGUGGUUUAGCUGUUUCUUGUGUCCUUGUUUGAUUAUUGGAGUCUAUAGUCCAUCCAUGGCUAGAGGACGUUGGUCAUUAAUACCUGUUGCUCACAA